CUCAUACCGAACAGUACAGACUACCGCCAUUGCAUUUCAUCAAAGUGCACUCACUCACUAGACGUAGCAUUGUUCGCUGCUGGCAAACGAUUGACUCAUCUCGUUCCUUUUUCCGUCGAAAACGUCGCAGCUGCUCGCUCCUCAAACACCAGAAUAUAGACCUAGACAUGCCGGGUGCGGACGAUUUGUAAUAGCAAUCAAAAGAAGUAAUCCGCACCGACCCGGCGUCGCAGACAUGUCGAACAGUAGCGCUCAGACGCCCACGCAGGAUCUGCCUUUGCCAGCGAGCGCUGCCACUACAAGCUCCAGCUCGAGGGAAGCAGACGGGAGCGCUAGCGCAGAAAGCUCGGGAAGCAACGCUGCUCCCUCCAAUCGAGGAGCCACUUCUGCCGCCUCUCGCUUAUGGUCCUCAUGGAUAUCGCCCUCCUCUUCUGCCUCUUCAGCUGCAAGCUCGGCUUUCGAGCAUCGCAAGACUGGCGGCAAACGAGCCUCCUCUGCGCUAUCGGGUCAAGUGCCAGCACGAAUACCCACGUACGAAGAAUUCAGAUCUCAGGAACCUCCUCAAGCAAGAUUGUUGAGAUUGAGAGGACUUUUUGAUAUACUGCUGGAUAAUGAUGAUGAGGAUGCGCUGGCUGGAGGAAGAGCAAAGGAAGAGUGGCAUAGGACUGCCAUGAGGGCGAGGUACGGCGCUGGUGGAGCGUGGGCCAGAGGCAGUCUCGCCAGCGAAAAUCCUCUCGGUGCUGGCAGCAGCGGAGGAGGAGGAGGAGGCACCACGAGCAGCAACAGCGCAGCUGGUCGAUCUCCCAACAGGAAUCGUCCGAGCUUUGGAGAUACGCAAGAGGAAAAGACUGCCGCUUGGGGCCCUCCUGCCUCGCCAUCUGCGAGCAGCAGCAGCGGCAGUGCACGAAGCGCCUCUUCUUCCGACUCUGCUCCAAACGUCACACCUCCUUCUCAGAGCUAUGCCAAGGAGCUCUUGAGUCAGUGUCGAGCUUGCAGAGCCGAAUUGGAAAAGGAGAGGCAGAAGCGGGUCAGUCGAGGCGGCGAUGGUCCUGAUGAAGGAGGCUGGUUGGAUAGCGCUACCAGCUGGAUCCCUUUUGUAGGCUCCGAAUCUAGCGAAGAUUCGUCCGCUUCAUCGGCUUCAUCCAGCCGCUCGUCGAGCACAGCGGGCUCGCAAUCGUACACUGACAAUCUCAUGGGAUCCAUAGGAUCGCUGCUCGGCAUGGACUCCAGCGACGCUUCCUCGCGCAACACUUCCCCUUCCUCAUCUUCCGAAUCGGACAUGCGCGCAGACCACGAAGGAGAAGCGGGAUGGGUGGGAUCGGGUGUGUGGGGUCUAUCGGCUGUUGGAUCAAAGCAGAGGGAAAAGGAUCGCUCCUUGGAUCAAGAGAUUCGACAGAGGGGACAGAGCGGACAGGACCACGAACAUGGAGCACGCAGAAAGAGGCAAAUCGAAUGGGAGGGCUUUUUGAGGUAUGCAGAGUCAAAAGAGAGAGAACUGUAUCGCAUCUUCAUCGAGCUGGACAAGAAUGGAGACAUGCAGCUAGACGCGUCAGAGAUUGGGACUGCACUAGACAGAGCAGGCAUAGAUUUGGCUCCAGAAGCUCUGGAAGACUUUAUAGCGAGCUUGGCCAGCUCGAGCGCUAGAUUGCCCACCGCGUCAUCGUCACCCGCAACCGGCGCUCGAGGGGAUGGCAGCAGCAACGAGGCGGCGGCGAGCGUGGUGCAGCCGCAGACGAAGAUCAGCUUUCCUCAAUUCAGGGAUUAUCUGCUGCUGCUUCCGAGGAAACCUAGUGUGGGAGAGAUCUACCGCUUCUACCAAGUUAGAAAAGCCUGGGGUCUCUUUGGAGCUCAGGGCAUCUUUGCCUCGUUUUCGGAGCAGUGGGGCAAGACGGAGAGGCACGGAGCGACGUCUGUGAAUCUGGACGGAGAUGUCAGUAUGGCUGGAGAAGAGCGCAAAAAGGGCACCAAUCUUGGCAAGGUGUCCUUGAGCGAGGAAGAAAAGGAACGGAGGAGACUGGCUGGCGAAGGUGCGAGCAAGGAGGAGACAAGGAGCGGCGAGAGCGGCGCAACAGCGCAAGGCUCCGAUGCGAGCAGCGAGAGCUCGAUGCAGGAUGCCACGACAGACUCGACAGCUCAGCCUCUGCACGGCGACGAGGAAGAUGAAGAAGAGGAAGAGGAUUCGGACAUGAUCCAUGGAGAUGUCGCCGUCAAGUUUCUCUUAGCUGGUGGGAUAGCUGGAGCAGUGUCGCGAACAGCUACAGCCCCGUUCGACAGGCUCAAAAUCUACCUCAUUACGACUUCGCGCCAACAAGCGCAAGGGCAGCCUCUUGCGGAUGCCGCGAAGAACGCGCAGACUGCGGAGGCGGUCGCGAAAAAGACGGCGCAGACUGCGACGAGGAGUUUUGGAUUGAUGUACGAGGCGAUUCGGGCGUUGUACGUGCAGGGUGGAGGACUCAAGUCGUUUUGGGUGGGCAACGGUCUGAACUGCAUCAAAAUCUUUCCAGAAUCCGCGAUUAAAUUUCUGAGCUACGAGACGUCGAAGCGCGCCUUUGCAAAGUAUGUCGAUGAGGUGGCAGACUCGAGGGAUAUCAGUGGAAGCAGCCGCUUCAUCAGUGGUGGUAUCGGCGGUAUCACAAGUCAACUCGCCAUCUACCCCGUUGAGACGCUCAAGACGCGCUUGAUGUCUUCGCAGUCUGGCCAAGGGGCGUCGUCGGCGUUGCAGCUGCGUGGCAAUGCGCUGUUGGUAGCGACGGCCAAGGACAUGUGGAAGAAUGGCGGUUUGCGGACCUACUACCGAGGUCUCGGGGCUGGUCUGGUGGGUGUCUUCCCUUACUCUGCCAUUGACAUGUCGACAUUUGAAGGCAUCAAGCUGUUUUGGAUCAAGUAUACCGGCAAGGAAGAACCUAGCGUGCUUGCCCUGCUCGCUUUUGGCAGCAUCAGCGGUAGUGUGGGUGCUACGACAGUGUAUCCCCUCAAUCUGGUAAGAACACGCCUGCAAGCAGCUGGUACGCCGGCUCAUCCCCAGACCUAUGACGGCUUCUUGGACGUGGCGCGGAAGACGUACAAGAAUGAAGGCUUUCAAGGCUUCUACCGAGGUCUGGUGCCCACGUUGGCCAAGGUGGUACCGGCCGUAUCCAUCUCCUAUGUCGUGUACGAGCACAGCAAGAAGCAUUUGGGUGUGCAGUAGAAGCUUUCGGUCCUGCAAUGUGCUCCAAGUUUGCUGUCCCUGCACUCAUAAUUUCAUUAGAAUUCACGAUGC